UUCAUGUUUCUCAGAUGGGGGCUGCAGAGAGUUUGGUGAAGCGUGAUAUGCAAGUGUACGUCAAAGUUCUAUCUGGUGGUGCUAAGUAUAGUCUUUCCAUGAAGGAUGUUGAUCAGAACACGGGUAGAGUCUUGAACAAGCCGAGGAGGAGUAAUCCAUCUUUUAGAACAAAGGAUACCAUCCGGAUUCUUGAGGAGGAGCGUCCUUCACGUAGGAGGCCACUGAAGAAGAAGAUGAGCUCCCCUGAGAGAUGGGAAGCGAAGCAGAUGAUUGCUUCUGGUGCUCUUAAAGCCACUGACUUUCCUGAGUAUGAUGAGGAGGAUGGAGAUGGGAUGUUUUAUCAGGAGGAAGAAGAGCUCGAGAUUGAGAUGAACGAAGAAGAACCUGCUUUCUUACAAGGGCACUCUGCUGACAUGUCUCCUGUCAAGAUCUUCAGAAAUCCACAAGGCUCCUUGAGUCGUGCUGCUGCACUUCAGUCUGCGCUCACCAAGGAGAAGAGAGAAAUGAGGGAUCAGCAGCAAAGAACAAUGCUUGACUCUAUCCCCAAGGAUCUGAAUCGUCCUUGGGAAGAUCCUAUGCCUGAAACUGGUGAAAGGCAUCUUGCACAGGAGCUUAGAGGUGUUGGAUUAUCCGCUUAUGACAUGCCUGAGUGGAAGAAGGAUGCUUUCGGGAAUACUCCAACUCUUGGACAAAGAUCAAAGCUUUCUAUCCAGGAGCAGAGGGAGAGCCUUCCUAUAUACAAGCUGAAAACGGAGCUGAUACAGGCUGUGCAUGAUAAUCAAGUGUUGGUGGUCAUUGGUGAAACUGGUUCAGGUAAGACGACACAGGUGACUCAGUAUCUUGCCGAAGCAGGUUACACUACCAAAGGAAAGAUUGGGUGUACGCAGCCUCGUAGGGUCGCGGCAACGCAGAGAGCUGGGCGUGCUGGUCGUACUGGUCCUGGGAAAUGUUACCGUCUCUACACGAAGAGCGCAUACUGUAAUGAGAUGCCUCCUACAUCAAUCCCUGAAAUCCAGAGGAGUAACCUAGGAACGACAACCCUUACCAUGAAAGCAAUGGGUAUCAAUGACCUGUUGUCGUUUGACUUCAUGGAUCCACCCCAACCGCAAGCCUUGAUCUCUGCUAUGGAACAGUUGUACAGCCUGGGAGCUUUGGAUGAGGAAGGACUGUUGACAAACCUAGGUAGAAAAAUGGCUGAGUUUCCUCUCGAACCACCUCUCUCUAAGAUGUUGCUAGCGAGUGUGGAUCUUGGGUGCAGCGAUGAGAUUUUGACGAUGAUUGCUAUGAUCCAGACGGACAACGUAUUUUAUAGACCAAGAGAGAAGCAAGCUCAAGCAGACCAGAAGAGGGCAAAGUUUUUCCAGCCUGAAGGUGAUCACUUCACAUUGCUAGCUGUGUAUGAAGCUUGGAAGGCUAAGAACUUCUCAGGCCCAUGGUGUUCUGAGAACUUCAUACAGUCACGAUCGUUACGACGUGCUCAAGACGUGAGGAAACAGCUUCUCAGCAUUAUGGACAAACAUAAACUAGACGUGGUGAGCGCGGGGAAGAACUUCACGAAGAUAAGGAAAGCAAUCACAGCAGGAUUCUUCUUCCAUGGAGCAAGAAAAGAUCCGCAGGAAGGUUACAGGACGCUAGUGGAGAACCAACCGGUUUACAUACACCCGGGCAGUGCAUUGUUCCAAAGACAACCAGAUUGGGUGAUAUAUCAUGAUCUUGUGAUGACGACCAAGGAGUACAUGAGACAAGUGACCGUGAUUGACCCAAGGUGGCUUGUGGAGCUAGCUCCAAGGUUUUUCAAAGUGGCUGAUCCAACCCAUAUGAGCAAGCGUAAGCGCCAGGAACGCAUAGAGCCUCUGUAUGAUCGUUAUCACGAGCCUAACUCAUGGCGUCUUAGCAAAAGACGUGGUUGAGAGAGAUUUCAAGUUUUAUUCUUCCUUUUGUUUGUCACCCAAAUCCUCAAAUGUUUUUUUUUUCACCUUUCUUUUAUAUAUUCAAAGCUAAAAAAACUAACAGUAUGAUGGAUGAGUAAGAGAUUGCAACUGCAUCAUGUUUUUCUUUUGACAUGUAUGUGAUUUUGGAAGCCAUUUGAUCAUAUUUAUCACGAGAACUACCACGAGUAAUACAAAAUUAUAUGCCUGUGUAGAAUGUCUGCUCAGGUGUUUCAGAUGUUCAAAAAAAAAAGAUCCUCAGUGACAAAAUUAUAUGCACAUUUUGACCACAAAAAAAAAAUGACCAAGCCAAGCUGGAAAACCAGAAGCUAUAUAAGAUUGAAAAAGAUCCUCAGUGACACUGUUAGCAAUUAGGAAAGACCUUUCGAGAGCAAUGCCUGAGGCAUACAACACACGCCAAUUCAAAAAAUCUUGAAAUAUCGGAAUAAGCUUCGAAUAGAAGAACUUGAGAGAAGGCCAAGCUGAUGGCUUUGCGAUAGCUUUGAUAAGAUCAUUAUCUUACGUAAAUAUGAAAUUAUAAUUUAUGUUCUAUUUAAAUAUCUAGAAAUAGAAUGUAGUGAGUUGCACGUUUUUAAAAAAUUAAUCUUAAUUAUUCUAUAAUGAAGAUAUCUUAUAUUUAAAAUAUAAUUUUAAAGAAAAAUAAUAAUAUAUAUAGUAUAACAUAUGAUAGAAAAGUAAAAAUGAAAAAAUAAAAUAAAAUAACGAUUGCUGAUGAAAUAUUUUAUUGUAGAAUAAUAGUUGAGCCAAACUUAUACAAAGAACAUUUAUUUUUUUCAUUUUUCAAGCAUAUACUAUAGUAUAGUUUAGAUGAAAAUAGUUUUUCUGUUCGACAAUAGAUGAAAACAUUUUUUUGGAUGGUAAAAAAUAUUUUAUUAUUUAUAUUCGAAGUAGUCUGGGUAAUUAGUCCUGAAUAAAAUAAUCAGCAAAAUAAAUAUUUCUAUCGAAGGAUUUGGCUGUUUUAAUAUAACACUAGAUUUUGACCCGCGCUUUGAAAGCGCGGAAUUUUUCUUUUCGGUUCUAAUUCGAUUGUUGUUUUAAGUUUUUAGGUUAAAGAGAUAAAACUGUUUGAUUAUGUAUAGAUUUGGCUCAAAUUAUUUGACCUGAUUAGUUUUUGAUAUUUGGUACAUUGAUUCUGUUCUUGGUUUAGUUCUAAUUUAGUUUAAUUUUUCAUGUUCUACAAAUAUAUAAAUCAAAGCGCAGGAUUUUUUUUGUCAUAAUUUUUUUUAGAUUAAAAAGAUAUAAAAACCAUUCGAUUAUGUAUAGAUUUGGCUCAAAUUAUUUGACGUGAUUAGUUUUUGAUAUUUGGUACAUUGAUUCGGUUUUGGUUUAGUUAUAAUUUAGUUCAAUUUUUCAUGUUCUAUAAAUAUAUAAUUCAUUCCGAUUUAUAUGAACAUUUUCUUCUUCUUUACUUUUGUAUUUUGAGUUUGGUAUGUUUUAGUUUGAUUCGAUUUAUAUGUGGAGGUUUAAAUUUAUUUAAAAAAACUUGUCUUGCAUUUGACUCAUAACCAGUGUUUUUGAAACCCGACCCGGAUCUGCCGCGAUUGAACCGGUAAACCCGGUGACCCAGAAAAAGUCUGGUUUGGGUUUUGUGAAAAAUUAAUAUUUAGAAACCCGCAAAAAUCCAGUAAAACCUAGAACUCGAUACCGGUUGAACCACCAGGUGAACCAAUAAAUAACUUUUUUUUUUUUUAGUUUUAAAUUAUGUUUUUAGAUUAUGUUUUAUAUUUUCAGUUUCCAAUUAAGAAGUUAGGUGCUGACAAAAAAAAAGAAGUUAGGUUUUCCCUUUUCAGUUUUAUAUUUGUGAUUUUUAGAUUUUGAUGAAGAUUUCACUAUAGCACCUGUAGAAAAUGAAAUGAAAGAUGGUAGAAAGAACCAAAAUUAGUUGAUGUGAUUUGGUGUUAGUUUAUUUCCGUUAUUGACAAUUAUUACAAUGAUUUUUUACUUUUGGUUUAUUUUGUAUUUGAAGUUUAAUUUAUUAUUUACAUUAGACAUUUAAAUAUUUAUAAAUUUUAUGUCUUGAUAUUUUAAAGAUAUCAUAACUCUUACCUUGUUAGAGAAAAUUUUAAAUAGUCUAAACUAUUUUUUUGAUAUUUUGUAUGUCAAUUGAAAAUAAAAAAAUAUAAAAACUAAAGUUAAGUAUUUUCUAAAUGUUUUUAAACAUAAAAUAUAUACAUAUCCAAACUAUUAUUUUAUGUUUUCAAAAACAUUUAGAAAAUAUUAAACUUUAGUUUCUAUAUUUUGUUUUACAUAGUUGAUAUAUUAUUAUAUAAUAAAAUUAAUUUAUUUAUUAACUCACGGUUCACCCGCGGUCGACCCGGUGACCCAGCAAUCCGGUAAGUCAUCCGGUUCAGUGUCCGGGUUGGGUUUUAAAACAUUUCUCAUAACUGAUUUUAAAAUAUUUUUAAUGAUAAAUUUUAUAACAAAUUAUAAAUUUAAUGCUUAAAGUUUAAAUAUAAGUAAAAAUUUUGCUACAUGAAUGUUUAAUUUGGAACAAAAAAAUAAAUGCAAAGUCUUCUACUUUAUUACAUUUAAUUCUGAAAAACGCUGAUCAUAUUUAUUUCAAAAACAUUCUGCAUACAUUGGCCAAGGUAUUAAAGACUUUUAAAAAAAUGUUUCAAAAAGAAAAGUCCGUCGUUAAUACAAAAGUUUUCAAUUUUAUGUCAAAUACUAACCGAAUACUUCCGGCAAUCAAGUUUAUUUGCGGUUUUGAUUUAGUGGAUUAUAUUUUUGGUAUUUGAAGUGGGAAAGUUUAGGAUUUAAAUAAUUUGGUCAACUAUAUUUGAAUAAUGCAACAUAUAGGAUUUAUGGUGCAAUCAUUUGUAAGCAAAACUUCUGUUUGGAAGUGACGACUGGUAAAAACAAUGAUAUUAACAGAUAUGUAUCUUUAUAAAUAAAGUAGACUUUAGUAUCUCCACAGGCGUCCACGUCAUCAGGUUUAUGAGGGCAAAAGAUGCCACGUGUCCCUUAUAAAAACACAACGAGCGUAUGUUUUCGUUACGUUCAUUGGAUUGGGGUUUUAUCUCAUAUAUGUUGCUGCUGGCCCAUUCGUAUGUUUUAUUGGCUUUUUAUUAAACUUUUUUUUUCAGCCCAAUUAAGAGUUAGGUUUCUCAUCGUCUUUCUACCUUCUUCUUCUAUGUCAAUUUUCUCAGAAAGUGAAGCUUCCAUCGACGAACCGUUGCGCCUCCACCUUCCACUAAAAUACCCUUAAAUCCGAGCUUUAAAGCGAUUAUCCCACUACUCACAAUUUAAAGCAUUCAAUCGACCUCUUUGCAUUCCAAACUAAUUAACUAAAGCUGCAAGUAUAAAUAUCACACCUUGCACCGAUGAACAGCACAACUUCAACGAGAUCGAGAAGAACAGUUUGUCUGAAAUAUUGAUUCCGACAAUGGCCAAUUCCUUCACCCUCUUUGCGGAUGUGAAAGCCUGGCGCUGCCCCAACACUUUUGAGGUUCGUUUGCUGCAUUUUUUGGGAGGCGAGGAACACGUUAGGAAAGUCAGUGAACUCAUGAGUCUUGACAUGGUACGAUGAGCAGGUAAGCACCUCUGUUUUCGAUUGAACCUGGCGGCGAUAACAUCCAUUCAGAUUGUCUGAUCAUGUAAUUGGCUCCUUUCCAACAAUCAACUGUUAUUCAAGGUUCUGUAAGUGUGAACGUGUAUCCAGUUUCAGUCAACAAACAACUUCGUGGUAUGUGUCUUUAGUUUGAGUACUGUUUUUGUUUUUUUUUGUGAUAGCAUGUGUUAACUUAAUCCCAUUAAAUCAUUUCUCAUAUAUAAUUGGUGUGCUAAGUUCAAUCGGGAGCACAAUCACCGACAGUAUAUCCGGGUCCAGUGUGUAAUGCUAACUCUGCGUCUAAAAAGGUACCUUGAAUUGUUUAACCUCCAUUUGUUACAAUAGAUACUCUAAUGUAUACUUGCGACUCUAAAACUUUGGUUUUUGUUUUUUUUUCGCAGGGAUGUAAAUGUUCGUGUUAGUAUGUUUGACUAUUUGGCUCUUGCAUUUCAUAAAAAAAUGAUAGCUACAGGAAAGAGCUUAAAAUUGUGCUUGCCACCAACAUUAAUCCUAAGAUAGUUGGGGGUAAGAGACAAUCUUUUUUCACUGUAGUUGCAUUUUAACAUAGGUUCAACAAAUCUAUACAAUAGAGUGUUUGUUUUGAACUGACAUUCUCUUAAAAAAAAACCAUAUGCGAUGUCAGGCCGGUUAGUUCUGAAGGCCACUUCUGGCACACAUAUCUACUUUGAUUCUGAGACAGCUGCAGGAAAAGAAGAAUUUGACAAGUAAGUCCCCUCAUUCUGAUUAGAUAAUCGCAACUUUGGUCUUGUCCUGAUGAAUGGAAUUUCUACUUUGUUCACUGUUUUUCAAGCUCAGCCCAUUGCAGAUUGACAGGCGAUGGAACAGACCAGACAGCGUCUUCAUUAAAGCUGGUUCAUGCCCAAAAAAUUGAACCUCUAACCGUUGCUGGGCUUAGCCAAUAGGUUAUUACUGUUGAUCCUCAGGUGAAGUUUGGUCGAUUUAAAUUUAAUAUUGUUUGAGAUUAUUCUUCUUUUUUGUCUGCUUCUUCUGCACUUUACAGAUAAUUGAGUUUCUUUGCACAGCUAAAGUGACUGGAUGUUCAAAGAAACUUGUCCAAGAGAUAUAUUCCUUCAAAUGUGUCGCAUGUGAUGAAACUAAUGUUGUGGUUGCACUCAAGUAAGAAAAGAGGUGUUGAUGCUCAGGUAGACACUGAACUGCCUCGGUCCCUUGCUGAGAUUGUUGGGAAUACAUACACCUUCCAGCUCAAGUUAAAGGACUUCAAUUUUACUUCAAAGCACCAAACCUUCACCAUUUCUGGCGUCUUUCCUUCGAGAGAGCUUGCACCUGCGCCAGCCUUUGUUGUGAAUGUUGGUCUCUUUUCUUAAUGUGAAUCUGCUGCUAUCUGUAUAUAAUCUAUGUGUUUGUUACCUUAUUAAUAGGAAGGUGCGCAGGUCCCUGAAGCAUCGCAGCCUGAAGUUGUGACAACGGGAUCUGAUGUCAAAGUUGAUAACACUUGCUCUGUUAGAGGUGCCAUCUACAUUGGAUGGUUCACUUGCCGGACAUACAGCAUCAGCCAGUGAGCAAGUCGCUUUGGAAGAGAAUGCACCGAAGAAACCACGUUUGGAAUGAGUCUACUAUGAGAAACAACCACGUCUUCUCUUUAUCAAAUAAUUGCUUUUGUAUCUUUCAAUUUCCUUUGAAUCAAUUUCCCUUUUUAUAAUACUCAAUGUGGUGGUUGUUUUAAUUAGUAAUAAGUCAUAUUUUCAAUUUUCUUUA